UUGGGCCCCGCGUGCAGUUUGGCAGCAUCCCCCACAUUUCAAAUUGAGAUUCGCUCCCAAAAUAAUCAGACCAGCUCGCAGUACUGUGGUAUCAUGUUCGACCUCCUUCGUGGUCCGUCUUGGCUGGAUCGAUCGACUGUCACCUUGAUACUUGUCUGUUCUGUUCUCACAAUCGGGAUGCUUCAGUUCCGCAAGAACCGUUUCAACCCGAAAGGUCAGCAUUGUUAUAUCGGUGGAGGUUCGCAAGGACUUGGUCUUGCACUCGGAUGUCUACUUGCCGCUCGGGGAGCCCACGUUACGAUUGUUUCUCGGAAUCAAAAAAAGCUGGACGAGGCACUGGAGAAGAUUGAAACUUUUCGCACAUCACCGUCCCAAAAAUUCGCAAGUUUGGCCUAUGAUCUCUCGAGCGUCGACGGGGCGGAGAAAGCGAUGGAUGCGGCUGCCGAACCGUUUGGCGGGAAGGUGCCAGACCACGUGUUUAGUUGCACCGGAGGGGCAGCCGGGAUCCUUGGAUAUUUUAUUGAACUGACACCGGAUCAGCUCAAACAAAGCGUCGAUGUAAAUUAUUGGACGGCAGUAUGGACAGCACGAGCAGCAGCUCGGCGGAUGGCUAAGCAGGGUGUUCGUGGAUCGAUUGUAUUAACAUCAUCAGUGCUUGGAUUCUUUGCUGUGCCCGGCUAUUCCGCAUACACGGCUGUCAAACAUGCCAUCAGGGGACUUGCCGAAUCGCUGAGGAUCGAAUUUCUACUCUACAAUAUCAACGUCCAUUGUUACUUCCCUGCGACGAUUUAUUCACCGGGCUUCGAGGAAGAACAGAAGUCGAAGCCGGAACUGACAAAGAUCAUCGAAGGUGCAGACGAGGGCUUGACCCCUGAACAAUGCGCACUCCGAUUGGUCAGAGGCAUCGAGAAAGGACACGUGAUGAUCACCUCAGAUCCAAUAGGCCACCUUUUCAGAAAUAGCAUGCGAGGAAUGUCGCCAGUCUCGAACUACAUUCUGGAUCCAAUCUUCGCCGCUGUUGCACCCAUUGCGAUCCCGAUCUGGAGGAAAAUCACAGAAUACCAGAUCAGGUCUCAUAUACCUCAACACAAGAAAGAAGUCAUCGAUCGAUUGGAUAGUUAGAGUUUUUCUCAAUUUAAGUUAUUGAAAGCUGUUUCUGGGACGAUAGUUAUGCUGCAACAAAUGUAAACAAAAUCGUAGUGAACAUCAAUCGUUUGGUCGUCAUCCGCAAGAAUCUUGAAAAUAGUAAUCAUAAAAUUGGCUUUCAUUCAUUCACCCACAACCCUGGGAUAUUCGAGCUCUCCGCAAGUCGGCAGAAUUCUUGUAUUACGCCCGAGGCGGCUCCCGAAAGACAUGCCCGAACAUCUCGUCCCAAGGUCUGGUGCGACAGCAAGAUCAAACGGGUGGGAGCAACAUCCUCCAACUCAUUACUCAGUUCCCUCAGCUU